UGUCUGUUGAACGAAUGAAAGGAAAGCCUUUUUUGUUAGGUUUGGUUUUCCACAACCGCCCUCUCACAGCUAGUAUAUAUAUAAACUCCAUGCAGACUGGAAGUGUACGGCAAAUAGUCAACAACAUGGCAUUAGCGACGGCCGCUGCUGCUGCAGGUGCAGCUGCUUUAGUGGUUGCGCCUCCAGCGGCUCUGGGAGCAUUGGGUUUCACCUCAGCUGGGAUAGCAGCAGGAUCUACUGCUUCAGCCAUGAUGUCAUUAUCAGCCAUCGCCAACGGAGGAGGGGUGGCAGCAGGUAGCGUGGUGGCUGUCUGCCAAUCUAUUGGUGCAGCUGGUCUGGGCGCUGCCUCUGGAGUUGUGGCUGGUGUAGGAGCUACUGCAGCAGUGCUCUUCUCGUCAUUCUUCUGAAUCAAAAGUUUUUUUUGGACACAACUACAUCAGGAGUGUCAAACUCAUUUUAGCUAGCUCAGCGGUCGCAUGGAGGACAAUCUGUGCACACGUGGGCCAAACUAUGAAAAUCAUGACAAUAAAAGAAAAUAAAAAAUACAACUUCA